UGAAUGGACACACAGAAGGCCCGAUGAACAGAGUAUAUGCCAGGCACGGGCUGCUGUUAUGGUGUAUGACGAUGCCAAUAAGAAAUGGAUACCAGCCGGUGGAGCUACUGGCUUCAGCCGUGUGCACAUUUACCACCACACUGGCAACAACACUUUCAGAGUGGUGGGCCGGAAAAUCCAGGACCAUCAGGUGGUGAUAAACUGUGCUAUUCCUAAGGGACUGAAAUACAACCAGGCUACACAGACCUUCCACCAGUGGCGAGAUGCCAGGCAAGUGUAUGGCCUAAACUUUGGCAGCAAGGAAGAUGCCAACGUCUUUGCAAGUGCCAUGAUGCAUGCCUUGGAAGUGUUAAACUCCCAGGACUCAGGUCCAACGUUGUCGCGCCAGAACUCUCAGCUUUUUCCACAAGUGCAGAAUGGACCGUGCCAGGAGGAGCUGGAAAUUCAGAGGCGGCAGCUGCAAGAGCAGCAGCGACAGAAGGAGCUGGAGCGGGAGAGGAUGGAACGAGAGCGGCUAGAGAGAGAACGGCUGGAGAGAGAGCAACUAGAACAGGAACAGCUGGAGCAAGAGCGGCAAGAGCGAGAGAAACGAGAGCGCAUGGAACAAGAACGACAGGAACGAGAGAAUCUGGAACAAGAAAGACAAGAAAGGGAAAGGCAAGAGCAGCUUGAGCAAGAACAACUGGAGUGGGAGAGAGAGCGAAGAAUGUCUUCUGCUGCCUCAUCGUUUGAGUACAACACCCCCCCUCCUGAAUACAGCAGCUGCCAAGCCCCAUCCAUACCCCCACCACCCUAUGCCAAAGCUGUCUCUGCCACUCCCAUAUCAUCACCCUUUGCCUCAUCUGACCCUGUACCCGACUACGCAUCGCUCAGCUCAGCCACCAACCAUUCCACCCCACCCACCCCACCCCUGCGUCACUCUGCGUCCCGCUUUGCCACCUCACUUGGCUCUGCCUUCCAUCCUGUCCUACCCCAUUAUGCAACGGUGCCCCGCCCGAUCCACAAGACCCCUGGGCCUCCAUCCCGGCAGUGCCCCCCAUCCCUUCCCUCUGUCCCUAAACCAGUUGUCUGGUCUGCUGCUAAUUAUUCUCCUCUUCCUCCCUCCCCACCAGUGGUUAUUAGUAGUCCCCCAGCCAAAGCAACAGGCCCUCGACCAAUUCUUCCCGUUCCAACUCCUAUCCAAGCCCAGAAACCAACAUCUCCUGCUGUUACUAACGGCCCCCCUGAGCCUCUCCCCAGCAGUCAGGCUCCUCCACCUCCUCCCCGGCCUCCUUGCCAUCUGCCUCUGUCAUCCACAAACUCUCACGCCACUCCUGCAUCUUCAAGCACCAUGUCUCAGCCUCCUGUCCCCACUUCUCCCUCUGCAGUCACCCCUGCCUCACCCAAGCUGCCUGCCUCUGCUGACAACUCACUCUCUGGGUUGGGAGACUCCUCGGCUCCUGAUCCCACCGCCCAGGCACCCUCUCAGCUGGUUGAAGCUGACAUCCUACAGGGUAUUGUCCAGGCGAGUGGUGCUGUUCAGGGACCCCCACUUCCUCCUCCUGCACCCCCUCUUCCUCCCGGACUGUCCCAUUCUCCAGCUCUAUCCGCUACAGGGCUUCCGCCACCACCGGGCCCACCACCUGCUCCACCACUUCCAGUUUCUGGACCCCCUCCUCCACCUGGACCCCCACCUCCCCUCCUAGGGCAAGCGCCGCCCCCUGCUCCCCCUCCUCCUCCCGCUCCCCCUCUCCCCUCUUCAGGUUUCUCUAUGGGGCCCGUGACGGAGGACGGCUCCCCGCUGACAGGACUGGCAGCUGCUCUCGCUGGAGCAAAACUACGUAAAGUGGGACGGGGUGAUGAAACCUCAAGCUCUGCCACAGGCAAUGCCAACGCCUCCUCCACUCCUUCCAAAUCAGAUACUGGUAGGGGGAAUGGAGCCCCAAUUUCAAUAGGAGGUACUGGUCUGAUGGAAGAAAUGAGUGCCCUGCUGGCCAGGAGGAGAAGGAUUGCUGAGAAGGGUUCAGUGGCUGAACCAGACCAGAAGGAGGAGAAAAAUGAAGAACCUGAACUUACAAGCACGAAAGCCCCAACUGCAUCCAGUGCAUCAGAAACGACCAGAAAGCCCUGGGAAAGAACCAGCACUGUAAAUGGCAACAAAUCGCCCGUUAUUUCCAGACGAGAUUCUCCGUGGAGAAAUCAGCUGCUCUCUGACACCAGGUUCUGUGAUACACUAAACAGAAGCAAAUCCACACCAAUCCCAAGUGGGGCACCAAGCACCAACGGCGUUCCAACAGAAAUCCUUGAUUACGACAGAUUGAAACAGGACAUCUUAGAAGAAAUGAGAAAAGAACUUCAGAAACUAAAAGAGGAGCUUAUCGAUGCAAUCAGACAGGAACUGAGCAAAUCGAACACUGCAUAGAGAAUGUGCCGAACGGAAUCAACCCUUUUAUUAGACAUUGUGACGACAGAUGACAGUGAGAGGGUGAUGAGAGAGAAAAAGAAACACCAAGCAAACCUGGAGGGAGGAGGGGAGGCAAGCUCACAGAGUUUGUGGGCAGCCUCAUCACACUGUCUGUCGUGCUUUUCUUUUUUUCCUUCACUGCUUGCUGCUUUUUCUGACCUUGUUCCUGGAGGAGGAAGUAAUAUGCAAAGGUUCUUUAAUCUGUUGAAAUGGAAUCAGUGUUGCUGAGAAACAGUUGCGUCAGUUGAGAGAAAAGAAUUUGCACAACAAUCUGUCUUUUUUUGUUGUUUUCCUCUUGGAGGUGGGUUAUAGGUUGAGCACAACCUUGGACAUGACUAACUAUAGAUCACUUUGUGCUGUGCUUUACAGGGGUGUAACCUGCAUCAGCUGCCUUGGUACGAUUUCUUUUUGCGUUUCUACAUAUAGGAAGAUGCCGAGUGAAGCCCCUGGAGGAGUGGCAAUGUGCACUAUAGUCAGGAUGUCCUAGAAUACCUGUAUUUUUCUAAAUUUCAAAGCAAUGGUCAUUCACAGGGUUUAAGGAUACAGGGAGAUGGGCGCCUUUCUUAGUGUUAUUGUGAUAAUGCUUUACCAAAUCAACGACUUGUCUGUCAGUCCAAUCAGUAGCGUAAGUUCUCAGUACCCUUUCUCAUUGUCUUUCCUGAUUCCUGAUUUUGUGCACGUUCAAAUGUAUAUUGUAAUAUUUUUUAUGUUUGAUUAUUUUAAGUUUUAAAACUGAUGAAAAAUUGGCCUUUUCUUUCCCCGUUUCCCCAUUUUACUUGAGCAAUUUGCUGUCAUGUAAACGCACCAUCCAGUUGCCUUUUUUAAAAAAUUUGUGUGAGGGCCACGACAGGGAGAGGUGAUUGGGAGAGAAGAAGUCAGUGAUUGUGUUUGCUUCUAAUCCUCUGCAUUCUCAGAGACAAAGUUGGUAAAAUUCUGGGUGAGUUGAUUCUUUUCCAGAUUUCAUCCUGUAUCAGUGUCUGUUUUUCAAGGUGUUCUGGGAGAUCCUGGGAGUAUAUGUGGCAGGCAGCCAUGUUCAUCACUUGUUACAUGGUUUAUAGAAGUCUCACUUCUUCACCUCAGAGGUCCCAGGGCAACCAGAGGCUGGGAUUCCCUACAGCUCCCACCACCAAAUAUUCAGACAAUGUCCGUUUAAACCACCUCCUCUUGACUGAAUGUGGAAUUCUGUAUGCAACUUCAUCUGAGUCUGGAGGAGACGUAAUGUCUGAACAAUUGGAAUAAGGCAAGUUUGAGGCCUGGUGCCUCACUACUUGUAACUAAAACCCUCCACAGUCACCAUUGCCUGCCCUUGAUGUCUCAUUAUGUAACUAUAUGUUUAGCAGGUUCUAGGAUUCUGAGAAAUCUCUCAUGGUCUUCAUAAUUUGGGAUGGUCCAGAAUUUUUGAAAAUUCUUAAAUGGUCUUAUUUGGAAACCUUUUCCCUUUGCAAUUCUUAAAAAUAAAACUUCCUUUCAAAAUUAAGAUUGUAUUUAAGAAUUUUCCAGGAUUCUGCACUACCUUAAAUUUGAAGACGAUGGUUUUAAUGCCAAGAACAUGAGAAAUGUUAGGUCUCAGGCAUUUUAGCACCGUAGGCACAUCAUCCAUUCAAAAUCUUUCUUCGUCUUCCUCUGACAUCCACUCGUCAUGAAUGAGAUAUGGCCAGUUGUGCAGCGUGUACUUCAGCCCUGGAGUUCAUUUCCUAAAUUGCAAGGCUCCAUCUAGCUAAGGAAACUGCCUGCACGGAUAUGAGUCCUCCAAUGCAGGCCUUGUUAACCUGGUCAUAAAUUAAACACAAACAUGGUUUACGGUCUGAGGCAGCAAACUUAUGGUUUGGACCAUUUUCAGGUGUUUGAACCUGACUCGUGUUUAAUGGUUGUGGCUCAUUUAAGAACAGGAUCUGUGUGUAGAAAUUGCCAGUCAAGAUUAGGGAAAAUUUUGAUUGGUAACAUUGGCCCUCUUACCUCCCAGCUCCCAGGUGUUUUCGCAAAAGGAGGUGGGGGGGGAGAGAGUGUCACUUUGGGCUCUGGUAGACUAUUUUUACAAAAUCGAAUGGUUACAUAUGAAGGAAAAUUCUAGUAGCAACGAUAAGUGAUAUUUUUUAUUAUAACUUUGUUAAUAAUUCCUCUCUUACAAAUCAGUCAGAUUUUUAAGUGUUUUGGCACAGUGAUGGCGGGUGGGGGGCAGACUUGGUUGGUGGAUUGCUGAAUUCUUCUACUGCAGAUUUAUGUAGACCAGAUGAAAAUCAGUCCAUUGUUUCAUUCCUUUUUUUUGUUUUUAUGUAUAUUCCUUACAUUUUGAUAGCCAGGAUGUGCUGAAGAACAACCUGGAGGUACGUCUCCUUAUCUCCCCCCAAGAGGUAGGGUUGGAAUUGCACGCUGCCAAUGUUUGACUCACUCAGUCAAUCGGUGGCAUAGGCCCUGCUUUGCCCAAACCUAACCCCCUGUGUUGGCCAAACCCAGUCACAUAUUUGUAUGAAUUGAAGUUCCUUCUUCCUAUCUGGGUGAAUUUUUUAAAAACAAAACGGAGCUGACAGAACUGAGGUCACCCUUUUCCUAUAUUUUGUUUCUCAAUGUAAACUACUACCAGCAGUCUGGGUGGUGGUGGGGGGUGGGGGGGGGGGGCGGUCAGUGAGAUGGGAUCCUGAUGAGAUGUUCAGAUACCUUGCUGAGUAAUGUCCUGCAUGGUUCAGCUAUAUGCUUGCUGUACUUGGUUUGGGAUCUCUUGAUAGAUCAAGUAGCGUAAGUGCAGCUCCUGUUGGGUUAUGUACUUAAAGAGAAGGUACUGAAUGUAACAGUUUACAUGGAAUUUACUUGAAUCUCAUGGAAAUUUUUGGAAGAUGAACUGUCACAUCAGGUAUAAAAGCUAGCCAACAGACAACUGGCUAUUUUUACCCAAGGUAUUUUGCCUUCAGCUUUCAUUACAUUGCCACGUUGGGUAUAUUGCCUGUCUUGUUUGGCCUUGUUGAUAUUGCCUCUCACAACACAAUUGUCGGGCAUUUGGCGGCUUUGGCCAUUGCAGUUAAAGGGAAUUUCCUGUAUCUUUUGCUGUUGAUGGGAAAAGUUUUAUAGCCGUGUACUAUACACUAUGUGCCAAAAACCUGUUGGGGCUGUUUGAUCUUUGAACAAUUCAGUAGAAUUUAAGUCCACAUUCAAAUUUGACUUCAAGUAAUAGUGUAUCUAUCCGCACCGACCACAAAAUUUAGGAGUCUGAAACUAGGAAAAUCAAACAAUUGGAGCAAAUUAUGUACAGAUAAGCGAAGCUGUUUGUUACCAGGGCUCACACCUUCAUUUGUUGUUGCAUUAUUAUAUUGAGGGUGAUGCUGGGACCUUCUAGCAGAAGCUUUAAACCUUUUUUUUUGCUGUGAGGUGGGAAGCCAAUUUCAUUUGUCCAGGAUUGAAAUUCUGAGCUAUGUUCAACCUCACAGGAGGGCUUCACUUUGACAUCUUGUAUUUUAUUUCCCUGAGCCUUCAUUGUCAAGGUGAAGUAUGAGAACUUUCAACCUACAGAGGUCCAGAAUAGAGCCUGUGCUGACACUAUCUGUGUGUCUACUUAAUCUCCCACAGUACAUCCAUGUACCUGAGAAUGGAGAUUGUUGUGGAUUCUGGGGCUUAGAGGUUGUUGAAAUAUAUGGCUUCAUGUACAUCUGAACCAUAUAGACCUCCAGGUGUGCUGCUAAAUACCAUGUUAGGUGCAUCAUUUAUUGGGGUCUAAAUUGUACCGUGUUCAUGUUUUUGCUCAAAAAAAUUCCAGCUAAUUUUUGGUAGCAUGUAAUUUUUUUAUAUACCAACAUCACAACCUGCAAAUUCAAACUGACGAAAAUAAGCAUUUAAGUCCAGUCUGAGAACUUUUGACCAAAAUAGGCGCAAACCCAGAGGUCAGGAUGGAGAAUUAAGACCAGAACAAUAGGCGUGAGUUUUUUCAAGCCCUAUAUCAUUGCAGCCGUGGAAGGGGAGAGAAAUAUUCACUAAGUGGAAUUUCGUGUGACUGAGCUUUGUCCCAGCCUCGGUUCAUACCGUGCGACUAGUGUAAAGAUGAGGUGAGUGUAGGAGGAGCUAACACCCUGCUGCUGCGGGGUUUCUCUUCUGUAUCUUUAUAUCUGUUAUAAUCAAAUCAAAUGUAUGUUCGUAUUAAUAAGUACUGGUGCUGGAACCUGGUUUGAGUCCUUCCAUCAUGAUAUCAAAAAAAUGUUCAGCGGUUUGUAGUAGCGAGUUUUUUUUAAGUUUGAUUUUGCCAACAGGUGUUAGCGUGGGGAUGAAUUUGUCAAUUUGAUAUAAAAAGUUGCGUAAUCCAAAUCAUACAAAAAAAAAAGCUUUGCCUAGAGCUCCCAGAGGUAUAGCUCCCAGAAUCUUCUUUAUCUCCCAAUGGGUGAAGUUUUAACCUAAGUAAAUGAAUAUUACAAACUGAGGAAUAUUUCGCGUAGCCUCAAGUUGACUCCAUCCAAUCAAUAUCCCUCAGGUGGCAAUUUGCAGGGCAGACUCUGGUGGGAGAGUAAGCAUUUUCCUGGCAAGCUGCAGAACGUAGGUAUCUGAAGCCAAUGUGAUCCUUCCUCCACUCUCUCACAUCUAAAGAAAAACGCGCCGUUGCCAAAUUCUGAGUAAAUACUGAGUGAAGUGGAGAAAGACCCUCUUGAUUCAAACCGGUCUACGUAAACUGUAAACUGCACUCAUCUCCAGCAGUUAAUCUGAAUAUUUUUGUUUGGGAUUUUUUAGUGUAAUUGGGAUUUGAGGUAUUUUUAUUUUUUCACUGACAAGUUAACCAGCAUGGGCUUCUAUCAGUCACUGUCCUGUCAGAUGUUUAGGGUUUUUUUCUUUUUCUGGUGAAAUGAAGGCAUUUAUCAGCGGAUCUGUCAAAUUUUCAUGCUUCUAAAUCAGUCAAUCCCUUUUUAGAGUUACAAUUUGUCGCUAUUCUGUUUGUAUCACAUUGUUACAUUUUAACAUUUCUUACAUGCUGACAUGUUUUGUUUGAGCGAAUGAAAUAAACUUGCAAGAUUAGGAUC